AGGGGAGGUAAUUCACGUAAAGUAAAGGGGCAACUUCCGGAAUAAACAAAAACAAAACAAGGAAAUCAUAAGGAUCACAGGAAUGUGAAUAGAAAUGAUUUUCUUUACAUGAAUAAACCAAUAAACGAAAUUUAAAAUGCAUUUUGACAAUACCGCUGUUUGUAUUAAAAUUGUUCUGUUUUGUUUGAUUACUUUCUGCAACUGUCAAAACUUGAAAUGCGACGGGAAUUCCUCAGAUCCAGAUGUUCGACAGUGUGCAGAUCUCUUAAUGGGACAAUAUCGCUGUGAUGAACCCGAGAUCGAUUCUGUUACUCAACAAGCAAGAGGAUGCAAGGCGAAAACCCGCACAGUAACUGUAUCUUGUAAACCCGCCCCAGGAAUUAUAUGUUAUCCAGACAAAAGUUUAAGAGUAGUAUCAGUAAAGCCAUGUGAAUUUGAUGGUGAACAAAUCGGUUUUUACCAAGAAAAGCCCUGCAAAUGGACUAAUGGGUAUAACUUUGAAACAGCACUUUUGUUGUCAGUAUUUCUCGGAAUGUUUGGAAUAGACAGAUUUUAUCUUGGUUACCCAGCAAUUGGACUAUUAAAAUUUUCUACCUUAGGAUUUUUCUUCCUUGGACAACUGAUAGAUGUUUUAUUGAUAGCCACACAAACAGUUAUGCCAUCAGAUGGGUCAGACUACAUCAUUGAUUAUUAUGGAGCAGGACUUAUAAAGUUGACAAUGAAUAAUGAAACAAUAAUUAAACUUGAUGACUUGUGAUUCUUGAAUUGUAAGUGUGAAUUGGAGAAUCAAUACAAAGAAGGUCUAGCAGGUUCAAGAGAAUGUCAAUGCAGGGCUCACACUAGUCUCAAUAUUUCGACGGCAAGACAGACCGAUUUUAUAAUCUGAUAUUUCAUAGAUGUCUGUUGCGACCAUCGUCUAUAAUAUAAAAAAAGCCCUAAAGCGCACAAUUUGUUGGCCCACAAUGUUCACAAUUUUGGUUGUUGGGCAAAUAGUUGUUUGGAAGUUAAUACUUUUUAAGUAUUUUAUCAUUGUUUUCCACUGGCGAUUUAGUCAAGCAGCUUAAACCAAAAAAAAAUCAAAAUUUGCAAUUUACGGUAAAUUUUGGGUUGGUCAAUAUCCAGUUUAUCAAUUUUAAGACGAUUUUUUGUGGCUAAUUGACGGAUAUUUGAUGGCUAUUAUAUUGCUGGACAAUAUCUUUAAAGUACUUAUACAAUUUUACAUCUUGCAUGUAUUUUUAUCACCUCUGGCAAUAUGGUAGGCAGCAUGUGACCGAUAAAAAGUUGACACUCAAUUAAAUCCACCCCGCUGGUGUUAUUUGGGUCUACUGCAUUCUUUAUCGAUUUUUACACCUUAUAUAAACACUGUUGGAAGUAAAAAAUAAUCGCCAGAUUUUGUAGCCAAAAUGCAAAAAUAAUCGCCAAUCUUAUAAAAUAAUCGCAAAUGGCGACUAUGGCGACCGACAGCGUGAGCCCUACAAUGGUUGAAAUUGAUCAUAUUAUAUAUUCAUCUGAUCAACAUUUUAAGUGUUAAGAAGUGUCUAGACUACCUGUUCCACUUACCUGUUCAGUCAAUGCCAGCAAGAUGUAUAUAUAUAUGCAAGCCUACAACACAUAUAUAUGAUAUGGAUAAACAGCAUUAUUUGGAAUGAAAGGCAACUCCUGCUUCUUGACAAAUAGUGUACUAAAUAUUGCAGAAUUUUUACAAACCAUUUUUAGCUGUUGAUGACCAGAUAUUUUAAUGAUUUACAAAUUAUUUUAAACAUUGAUAAUUAAAGUCAUCAUCUAUGGACUAUACAUUGUAUAUAUAUAAUCAAAUAAGGAUUUUUUGGAAGUUGUGGCUUAGCUGAAUGGUUAGACUGACUAAAGUAAUAAUGUAAA